AAAAUUAAAAAAAAAAAAAAAAACUCUGUGUGUUGCUGAGAUAUCAAGAACGGAGAAAAUAUCGGAGACCCAUGUGCUUGUUUUAUAGUAAGAGUAUAUUUAGAUCAGAAAUAGUAUUUAUAUCCACCAACUAAGCUCAUUAGUCUCUCUCUCACGCACUUGCUGCUUAUCCAAAUUUUAUUUUAUUUUAUUUUAUUAAUUUCUGAAGACUAGUAAAAGUCCUAUAUUGAUCACAAAGAAAGAAGGAAGCAUGUCGAUCACCAUCGAACGCUCCAAAUUCAUGCAGUGUAUUCCGAUCUACGACUCGCCGCGGUUCCGGGCUGAGAGAGUGGGUGACGACGAGGACUCGUGUAGCUCUUCAUCGAUCGGGAGGAACAGUGUCAGUGAUACUUCGGACGGUGGUGGUGGUGGUGAUGAUGAUGAGUCUGGAGAGGAGAGUGAGGUUCAGAGCGCGUUUAAGGGACCCUUGGAUACCAUGAAUGCUCUCCAGGAAGUUUUGCCGCUCAAGAGAGGCAUAUCUAAUUUUUAUAGUGGCAAGUCAAAGUCCUUCACAAGCCUAGCAGAUGCCUCAUCUGCUACCUCUAUUAAAGACCUUGAAAAGGUAGAAAAUCCCUACACCAGGAAACGCAAGAAUUUAUUAGCGCAUAAUUUCUUGGACAAGAAUCACAAUUACCCUUUGAAAAACAAUGGUGGUGGGAUAUCAAAGAGACCAGCCAACUCCAGUCGAAGCACAACUGCAGUCGAGGACUCAAACUCAGUUUCAACAUCCCCUUCUCUCUGCCUUCCACCUCUGCAUCCACAUGGUAAAACACCACCCAGCAGCAGCUCAUCACCAUCGCCUCCACGGCGAAAUUCUCCAUGGCGGUCAUUCUCUCUGUCUGAUCUACAGUGUGUUGCUGCAGCAACUCCUAACAUAUCUAGCUUGGCAAUUUGUAGUCGAGAUGAGGAAAACAAAUUACAUUGACAAGCUUGUGUUUCAUCCCAUGCCGAGUUUGAAAGUUGGAAGCAUGUUUGUGUGUUAAUUCUUUGCAGGCAGUCUCCUUGAUUAAUAUGGAAAUUUUGCCGAUUGUACUCGCAGCUAAAGGUAUCAUGCCGGGGCAUUUCUAGAAUAUGAUCAUAACAAUGCUGCCCCCGCUCACCCCACUUCAUUCCACUUUCGCAAUCAUGUAAUGACUACAAUGCUUUAUUACUGUAUCAUAGAAGAACUUAAAGUUUGCUCCUCUUGUUUAAGCUAUUUUAAUUGUCAUCAAUCUAUGAAAGCAAUUAUCCUGCUUGUAGAGAA